AUGCGUGAGUGCAUCUCCGUCCACAUCGGCCAGGCCGGUAUCCAGGUCGGCAACGCCUGCUGGGAGCUCUACUGCCUGGAGCAUGGCAUCCAGCCUGAUGGCCAGCUUAUGACCGGCGAGAAGACCUGCGGAGGAGGCGAUGACGCCUUCAACACCUUCUUCAGCGAGACUGGCGCUGGCAAGCACGUCCCUCGUGCUGUGUUCCUCGAUCUGGAGCCGACUGUGAUUGACGAGGUCAGGACCGGUGCCUACAGGCAGCUGUUCCACCCCGAGCAGCUCAUCUCCGGCAAGGAGGAUGCUGCAAACAACUUCGCCCGUGGUCACUACACCAUUGGCAAGGAGAUCGUUGACCUCUGCCUUGACCGCAUCCGCAAGCUUGCUGACAACUGCACUGGUCUCCAGGGAUUCCUGGUCUUCAACGCCGUUGGCGGUGGUACCGGUUCCGGUCUCGGCUCCCUCCUCCUGGAGCGCCUGUCCGUGGACUACGGCAAGAAGUCCAAGCUCGGCUUCACCGUCUACCCGUCUCCUCAGGUGUCGACCUCCGUGGUUGAGCCGUACAACUCCGUGCUCUCCACCCACUCGCUCCUGGAGCACACCGAUGUCGCCGUUCUCCUCGACAACGAGGCCAUCUACGACAUCUGCCGCCGCUCCCUGGACAUCGAGCGUCCCACCUACACGAACCUGAACCGUCUCGUGUCUCAGGUCAUUUCUUCCCUGACUGCCUCCCUCCGCUUCGACGGCGCUCUGAACGUGGACGUGACUGAGUUCCAGACCAACCUGGUGCCCUACCCUCGCAUCCACUUUAUGCUGUCCUCCUACGCUCCGGUCAUCUCCGCCGAGAAGGCUUACCACGAGCAGCUGUCCGUUGCUGAGAUCACCAACAGCGCGUUCGAGCCUUCAAGCAUGAUGGCCAAGUGCGAUCCUCGCCACGGCAAGUACAUGGCCUGCUGCCUGAUGUUCCGUGGAGACGUCGUCCCCAAGGAUGUCAACGCCGCCGUUGCUACCAUCAAGACCAAGAGGACCAUCCAGUUCGUCGACUGGUGCCCUACUGGAUUCAAGUGCGGUAUCAACUACCAGCCUCCCACCGUGGUGCCUGGUGGCGAUCUCGCCAAGGUGCAGCGUGCUGUGUGCAUGAUCUCCAACUCCACUUCCGUGGCAGAGGUCUUCAGCCGGAUCGACCACAAGUUCGACCUCAUGUACGCGAAGCGUGCAUUCGUGCACUGGUAUGUCGGUGAGGGCAUGGAGGAGGGCGAGUUCUCUGAGGCCCGUGAGGACCUGGCUGCGCUCGAGAAGGACUACGAGGAAGUCGGUGCCGACUCCACCGAGCCCGGUGAUGAUGAGAACGAGGAGUACUAG